AUGUCUGGACCUUGGUUAACUUGGAAUGUCCGCGGGCUAGGAGGUUCAACAAAACGUGAGGCAGUGAAAAAAUCAGUGAUGCAAUUGAAACCGGAACUUUUGCUGAUACAGGAAACAAAACUGAAUGAGCAACAACAACGUACAAUAACUCUAUGGACUCAAAGUUUUAAUAUGCAGCAUGUUGAGUCUUAUUCUGUGGGAAUAGCAGGUGGAUUGAUGUGUUUAUGGAGGGAGAGCUCUUUGCAGGUCCUGACAGCGGCUGUAGAAACCUGGUUUAUUCUUCUGACUGUGAAACUUCCUAAUCUGAAUCAGUCAUUUCUAGUAGGCAAUGUAUAUGGUCCUCAUUCGGAGGCUGAUCGCAGACUAUGUUUUGAAGCUUUGAAGAAUCGUGUUAUGCGCUAUGGUGGCUUGGUGAGUCUUGGGGGUGAUUUUAACGCAGUCCUGCUUGGUUCAGAACGAUCCUCAGGAGGAGUCUUACAUGUGGGUGAUUUAUCGUGUCAGCAGUUUGUGCAGGACAACAAUUUAGUGGAGCUGCCUUUGAACAACGGUGAUUUUACUUGGUUUUCAAGCCGUAAUGAAGGUCUGUGGAGUCGUCUGGAUCGCUGGUUGGUGUCUGAUGAGAAGCUGUUUGGGCCAUGA